AUGACCGACUGCGCGGCCCCAAAGGAAGCCAUAAACAUCUUCAGCCUCGUCCGCGACCCAUCCCAAGACCCCCUGGAUGAAUUCCACAGCAACCCACCCAUCUCCGACUUCACCACAGGCUUCGAAGGCGCCCCUGAUGCCGAGCUGCGGCAUUUCGCGACCGAAUGCGUAACCGAUCUCGCACAUACCCGGGGCACCAGCCUGACCAUUUCAUGGAUUGCCGUUCUCGACGAACGGUCUCUUAGUGAAAUCACUGUAGUCAUGCAUCAUUACAGAAGCAAAUCUGUCUGGGAGCAGACUAUGCGGGAGUCAGAUGUAGAUGAGGCGGAAGAUUCGAUCUGGUGGAAGUGGCGGGUUCCAUUCAGCUCGUCGUUUAAUCUCUGGAAUAAUAUUAUGAGUUUGGGGAAGGAUGCUUUGGAACUGUACUCGAGGGAGGAGUAUUUGGGUGAGGAUGGGAUUGUGGAUGGUGAGGUAGAGGAUCCCAAGGGGGUGUUUACUUAG